GAUGAUUCUGGUACCGAUUCCGAAGGCAUCCAGAACUCGUUUUCCAAUGUCACCUGACAUGCGGCCUGUGACUGAUAUCGAGCGACUCGUUCCGUGGUUCCGUGAAAACAAUGGAUGGCUGAACCCGGAUGUAGAAAUUAUUCACGAUGAAUCUCAUGGCUUCCAUGUCUGUGCUGUGCGACCCCUCAGCUCACCAGCCAUCGUCAAGUGUCCCCUAACGCUUACCAUCUCCCAUUUGAAUCUGGACCACUCACAAACCAUUGUUCCUCACAUAGAUAGCCAACUCCAGCUAUGUCUUGGAGAGGUACCCAAUGAGGUUCUAACUUAUCUGCUACUGAUUGAGCAGAGAUGCCUUGCCAAGCAGCAAAGGUCUGCAUGGCAGCCUUACUUUGACUGUCUCCCAGCCUCGAACGAAAUGACUACAACUCUUUGGUUCGAUGAUGAUGAUCUCAACCAUCUUCAAGGAACAGAUCUUUACACAGCUACGAAGGAAAAGAAGCGCCAGCUCGAGGCUGAGUACCAUAGUGCUAUGGCUAUUCUGGCAAGACUAAAUGUAACGCUUGACCCUUCCAACCCGACAUUCGAGGAUUACCUGUGGGCGUUUACCAUCAUGUCAUCGCGGUCCUUUGUAUCUACCUACAUGCUACCAAAUUUCAACACCUUUCCAAUCCUCUUUCCUGUACUCGAUAUCUUGAAUCAUUCUACUGAUGCAAAGAUUAAUUGGGCAUUUGACGAUAAAUGUUUCACUCUUGCGCUGGAGAACCCGGCAUCUGUACUGCCCAAAAGCCAAAUCUUCAACAACUACGCUCCCAAGCAGAAUGGGGAACUGCUUAUGGGCUAUGGGUUCUGCAUUCCGGAAAAUCCCAUUGAGCAAUUCGCCAUCAAAAUGAGGUUGCCACCAGAUAUGGUAGAAGCUGCGAAAGACACUGGGUUGUAUAAUCCAAACCAAGUGCCGUUUGGGUUGCCUCAAUCUGCAGUUGACAGCGACCAAAGCGUGGAACAACACUUCUUACGGCCACGCGCACAUCCGUUUGGACAUUACGAAAAUAAUGUGCCCUGGUUGCGAGGAAUUCCACCGUGGAUCAUGCAUUCUACCUUUGUUGCUACUGUUAUGCAGCUAGGACACACACCUGAGAACACGGAUUCCCGCAAGCCCACAGGCAUGCUCGUACUCCACGUCUUGCUACACUUAUACGAAGCUAUUAGGGUCAAGAGCCUACUUUUCCCGGAUUCAGCACACAAGAGCAACGAAACCUACGCAAACGUCAAGCAACAGCAAGCAAGCAUAUACCGAAAUGGCCAAGCCAAAGUCAUCCACUCCAUCCUCGCAGAACUACAAGCGGUAUUAUCUAAUCUACGAGUCCGCGAUCAAAUCCCCCCAGCAUCGCCAGCCCUUAUAACCACGACCGAGGCCCUCCUUGUAUUGAAAGCAGAAUACCCUUCACACCACGCGUCUGUCGAAGACGCUAUGACCAAAACCUACGAUAUGUCCACCAUGUCAGCCGCCCAAGAACAACACCUCUGGGUCACCCUUCUCUGUCUCUUCGCUUAUCUCACUCUCACAACUCCCGGGACCGAAAAAGAAGAAAGCCUCAUCCACGCCUGGACCUUGGAAUUUUUCGAAGUCUACACACUUCCUUCUGUCGAUGCGAUUCCCGAUCCCACCGCCUCUCCAUCUACCGUCCGAUCUACACUUUUAGACUUCUUCGCAGACUCGCAUGAUCCCAUCGCCGAGCUCAACUCUAUUCAUUCUCGGUUCGAUGAUGCUGCGCUCGAGAAACGGUACGGAGACCUGCCCAUAUGGGAUGACGACGACGAUGUGGGGUUGGGGCGUUUGGGGGAUAAAGUAAUCGCUUGGGCGGAAAAUUUGGUGGAUUUCUACGCGGUGCAGAUCCCCGGGGAGAGUGGCAGGGUUGGAAUGUAUGUGAGGCCUUAUCAGGAAGGGGGAAUGGUGGAGGAGUGGGUUUAUGGGGAGUAGGGGGUUGAUCCGAGAUAUCGAUCAUCUUCAAGUGGGGAAUACUUUGGCGGGACUGUUAAGAGCUUUGUGCAUUAACCGGGGGAGACUUUUUCACAAAUAUGGGGUCAGUUGGAUGUAUUUAUCUGCCUUUAUUGAGUAGGGGGUAUCGCAACCACUAUCAUAACAUCUCCUGACUCAAACAUACAGCUUAUCCUCCACCCUCUCUACACGCGCAUGAGAAUUGUUCUGUAACGAAAAUCAAAAAAGAUUUGCGGAUACCAUAGCAAUCGAUUUCACCCAGCCUGCAACAACAGCUCUUGAGCCAACAGCUGAAUCUCAGCCUGGUCCACCAUCCCCGCACGGUGCAUAAUCCGCGCGUAACGAGCCCGAUCGCGCUGUCGCCGCUGCCGCCUCCGCUCCUCCUCCCCCUCUUCCUCCUCUUCUUCUUCUUCCUCAUCCUCAUCCUCCUCGUCUUCCUCCUCAUAAUCAUCGUCACCACCAUCGAGGUCCCCAAAAAGAACCCUCCGACACAUCGGACACGUGUUAUUAUACAACCCCAACCACUUCUC